AUGACUGAAUUUCGGCCUAUAUCUUGCUGCAAUGUGGUGUACAAAUGCAUCACCAAGGUACUCUCUAACGGGUUAAAGUCUUUUCUUCCUGACUUCAUUUCUCCAAGGCAAUGUGCUUUCGUGGAAGGACGCAGUAUUGCUGACAACAUAUUAUUGGCACAUGAAUUGCUCAAAGGGUAUGGAAGAAGAAGAAUUUCAUUUAGGCGCACUGUAAUGGCUGAUGUAAUGAAGGCUUUUGAUUCCAUUGACUGGAGAUUUUUUAUGAAUAUAUUUCAAGCUAUUGGCAUGUCUAAGAGGCUCUCUGACUGGGUUUUUCCUGCAUUUACGAUCCAAGAUUCUCUGUGGUUUAUUAAUGGUGAAUUGCAUGGCUAUUUUGAGGGAAGAAAAAAUCUUAGACAGAGUGUUCCCCUCUCACCAUACCUGCUUGUCAUGGCUAUAGAGGUGCUCUCAGAGCUUCUCAAUUCAGCUGCUCUUGAAGGAAGGCUAGCUUAUCAUCCCAAAUGCUCUAAAGUCCAACUUACGCCCUUGGGAUUUGCUGAUGAUCUUAUGAUAUUCUUGAAAGGUGAUGUUCCUUCUAUCAAAACAAUUUUGAGCAUCUUUUAUGCAUUUUAUACUAUGUCUGGACUCAAGUUGAAUCCAAGGAAAAUUGAGAUUUUUUGUGCUGGGGUUGAUCUUGGAGUUAAAAGACAGAUUUUGCAGUUGAGUGGUUUUACGGAAGGUGCCUUGCCUGUAAGGCAAGAAGUGAAUGCUGGAAAGUCUGUUUUCUACCGGUUCGACAAUUGGUUUUUCACUAAGAGAAUGUGGGAAAGGGUGAUGAAUGCAGCUGGACAACAUAGAGAUGUUGGGGCCUGGAGAUCUCAAGUUGAAUGGGCUACUGUUAAAUUCAAGAGGAAGAGUACUCUUGCAGUUAUCCUUAGAAUUGCCUUGCAGGCCUAUGUGUAUUACAUCUGGAAAAGCAAGGAAUGA